GAGCCCCGGGCUGCCGCGGCGGGCGAGCCGGAGCCGGCGGCGGCGUCCUCCUCCUUUCAGGCCCGGCUCUGGAAGAACCUGCAGCUGGGAGUGGGCAGGAGCAAGGUCGGCGGGGGUGGGGGCGGGGGCGGGCGCGCGGGGGGUCCGGAGCGCCGCACUGCGGACACCCUGUCGGCCUCCCCGCCACCCCCGGGGGGCACGCGGGGCGCACCUGCCGGCGGGAGUGGUGCAGGCAGCAGGUGGAGCGGCUUCAAGAAGCGAAAGCAAGUGCUGGACCGAGUCUUCUCCUCCUCGCAGCCCAACCUGUGCUGCUCCUCGCCGGAGCCCCUAGAGCCCGGCGGCGCCGCCGGCAGAGCCGAGCAGGGGUCCACGCUGCGUCGCCGGAUCCGCGAGCAUUUGCUCCCCGCCGGAAAGGGGCCGGUGGCUACCGCAGGAGCAGCGGGAGGGACGCCUCCUGGCGGUCGCUCCCCGGACUCGGCUCCCUCCUCUUCCUCCGCCUCAUCCUCCCUGUCCUCCUCGCCCCAGCCGCCGCCGAGGGGGGACCGCGCCCGAGAUGAGGGUGCACGGCGUCGGGGCCCCGGGGCGCAUUUGUGCCAUCAGAAGAGCUCCUCUCUGCCGGGCACCGCUUGCCUGGAGCACCUGCUGGAGCCGCCGCCGCCUCCCGCAGAGCCAGCGCGGAGCCCCGCGGAAUCUCGGGCCCCAGAGACAGGCGACGAGCGCGGCAGCAGCCAGAAAAUAAACACUGCUGGAACCAGUAAUGCAGAAGUCCCCUUGGCUGAUCCCGGAAUGUACCAGUUGGACAUUACAUUAAGAAGGGGUCAAAGUUUAGCUGCCCGAGAUCGAGGAGGGACAAGUGAUCCAUAUGUGAAGUUUAAAAUCGGAAGAAAGGAAGUUUUUAGAAGUAAGAUAAUACACAAGAACCUCAACCCUGUAUGGGAAGAAAAAGCCUGCAUUCUGGUUGAUCAUCUUAGGGAGCCAUUGUAUAUAAAGGUAUUUGACUAUGAUUUUGGACUACAGGAUGACUUUAUGGGCUCAGCCUUUCUGGAUCUGGCACAAUUGGAGUUAAACAGGCCUACCGAUGUGACCCUUACUCUGAAAGAUCCUCAUUAUCCUGACCAUGAUCUUGGAAUCAUUUUGCUCUCAGUCAUCCUUACCCCUAAAGAAGGAGAGUCCAGGGAUGUGCAGAGUUCAAUCCACAGCUUUCUUCAUUGGAGAAUUUGUGAAAUAAAAACAAUGCUAAUGAGGAAGAGUUGGAAAAGAUCAAGUAAGUUUCAGACCCAAAGUUUACGCCUAUCAGACCUACACAGAAAAUCACAUCUUUGGAGAGGGAUAGUCAGCAUCACCUUGAUUGAAGGGAGAGACCUCAAGGCCAUGGAUUCCAAUGGGUUGAGUGACCCCUACGUGAAGUUCCGGCUUGGGCAUCAGAAGUACAAGAGCAAGAUUAUGCCAAAAACAUUGAAUCCUCAGUGGAGGGAACAAUUUGAUUUUCACCUUUAUGAAGAAAGAGGAGGAAUCAUUGAUAUCACUGCCUGGGACAAAGAUGCUGGGAAAAGGGAUGAUUUUAUCGGCAGGUGCCAGGUCGACCUGUCAGCCCUCAGUAGGGAACAGACGCACAAGUUGGAGUUGCAGCUGGAAGAGGGUGAGGGACACCUGGUGCUGCUGGUCACUCUGACAGCAUCAGCCACAGUCAGCAUCUCUGACCUCUCCGUCAACUCCCUGGAGGACCAGAAGGAACGAGAGGAGAUAUUAAAGAGAUAUAGCCCAUUGAGGAUAUUUCACAACCUGAAAGAUGUGGGAUUUCUCCAGGUGAAAGUCAUCAGAGCGGAAGGAUUGAUGGCUGCUGACGUCACUGGAAAAAGUGACCCAUUUUGUGUGGUAGAACUGAACAACGAUAGACUGUUAACACAUACUGUCUACAAAAACCUCAAUCCUGAGUGGAACAAAGUCUUCACAUUCAACAUUAAAGAUAUCCAUUCAGUUCUUGAAGUGACAGUUUAUGAUGAAGAUCGGGAUCGAAGUGCUGACUUUCUGGGCAAAGUUGCUAUACCAUUGCUGUCUAUUCAAAAUGGUGAACAGAAAGCCUACGUCUUGAAAAACAAGCAGCUGACAGGGCCAACAAAGGGGGUCAUCUAUCUUGAAAUAGAUGUGAUUUUUAAUGCUGUGAAAGCCAGCUUACGAACAUUAAUACCCAAAGAACAGAAGUACAUUGAAGAGGAAAACAGACUCUCUAAACAGCUGCUACUAAGAAACUUUAUCAGAAUGAAACGUUGUGUUAUGGUGCUGGUAAAUGCUGCGUACUACGUUAAUAGUUGCUUUGAUUGGGAUUCACCCCCAAGGAGUCUCGCUGCUUUUGUGCUCUUUCUCUUUGUUGUCUGGAACUUUGAGCUCUACAUGAUACCACUGGUUUUGUUGUUACUAUUGACAUGGAACUACUUCUUGAUAAUAUCAGGGAAAGAUAACAGGCAACGUGAUACAGUAGUGGAGGACAUGCUAGAGGACGAGGAAGAAGAAGAUGACAAAGAUGACAAGGACAGUGAAAAAAAGGGAUUUAUAAAUAAAAUCUACGCCAUCCAGGAGGUAUGUGUCAGUGUCCAGAACAUCCUAGAUGAAGUGGCUUCCUUUGGCGAAAGGAUAAAGAAUACUUUCAACUGGACUGUCCCAUUCUUAAGCUGGCUGGCCAUUGUAGCCCUCUGUGUGUUCACAGUCAUCCUGUACUGCAUUCCGCUGAGAUACAUUGUCCUUGUCUGGGGAAUCAAUAAAUUUACAAAAAAGCUUCGGAGUCCAUAUGCAAUUGAUAACAAUGAACUACUUGACUUCCUUUCCAGAGUCCCUUCAGAUGUACAAGUGGUGCAGUAUCAAGAAUUGAAACCAGAUCCUUCUCACAGCCCAUAUAAAAGAAAGAAAAACAAUCUUGGUUAGCCAGCUCCCAGCACUGAGGAGACCAGCAUCUGUUUGGGAAGAUAAAAGAAGAAAAAGCUCUCAGCCUCAGCAGCAUUUCCUUUCUUUCUGCUUUUUAUUUAUUUUGCCUUUUUAUCAUGAUGGAGAGAAUUUGUAAAUAGUGUACAAAGGGAUAUGUCUUUGAAAAUAUACUUCUAUUGUACAGACUCGAUAAAGGUUUUGCUACUGCUGUGUGAAAGCCUUGUUAGCUGUGGAUAAUAAUAUAACACACUGAAAGAACAAAUAUAAGAAUGAUAACAUUGGAAGAUAUAUACUUAUCUAAUUACAAGUGGAUUAAAUACUCACCUGUGCUCUGAUUAAAUCAACAUCACUGUAAAUGUCAAUUUGAUUUUAAUGUGACUAUUUUUUAUCUCAAAAGUAAUCCAUUACACUUUUCUAUGUUUUAUACAUUUCAAAAGGUAGAGAAAUCCCAAAGCCUGAAUAAUGGAAUAGAUGCAUUUCAAUUUAACAUAUAUUCUGGCUUUAGAUCCUGACAUUCACUCCUGCGCAAAUUACUUAGGUAUGACUAGGCUGAUUUUAAGCAAAUAAGGUACAUUCACUCCCUCAAGAGAAUCUUCAAUACUCUGCAAUUCUCUAAAGAAAACUUUCAAACCUUCUAACAAUCAUUCCAUCUAAAACCUUAAAAUCUCUACAGGACUACACCACAUAAAUACUGCCAGUUUAUAAACAAUUGCCUAUCUGAAUUUUUAUACCUACCAUUAAUUUAAUUUAUACAGAGUUAGCAAAUUAGCAACGCAGUAUAGUUAUCAACAAUACUAGCAAACUAUAUCCAUAUUGCUUUUGGUGUCAGAUUGUAUCUGUGCAUCUAAAAAUAUUUUAAUACUCAAGUGCUCUCACAAAAAAACUCUGCUUUCUCAUUAGAUUACUGAAAUGCUCUAAUUCAUACUAUGAUUUUGUUAUUAGUGUGAAUUUUAAUGUAGAGGAGAAUGCAGUGUGCUAAGUGAUAUGCCAGUGUUUCACUACAUUUAUUAAAAAAAAAAUUCUUGAUAAUGCAUGAAAACCUGUUUUGUAAAAUAAACUGCUUGGGGGUGGUGGUUGCCUUUAACAAUGUUUCACUAUUAUCAUAGAAUCUACACUUAAAAAUUGCAUUCCCAAGACUCUUAAAGUAGUUUUUGUAUCUUACUCCCUGGUAUAUUGAGGGAGCAUACCUCUGGAGAAAAAUAAUUUGGUUGGUUGAGAAUGUCUUACUUCCCUGACUUGGUAGGGGAUUACACUCAGUUGAAACUGCAGCAAACAAUGCUUUGCACUACUUUAUUAAUAAUAGACUGGCGUGGGGUAAAAGUGGGGGUUAUGCUGGAAAAGUUAUAGAAAAGCUGAAAAAUGUAUUUCACUCUAAAGGAAGAUUCUUUAGUGAUAAAUUUAAUCUCAUUGAAGCUGAUUUUUAAAGUAUUUUUAUUUUAGAGAUAAGUUGUUAAAUACUAUUUCUUAUAAUAGAACUAUUUUGAUCUGUUUAUAUACUAUGCUUGAAUGUCAAUUAAAUUCCCUUUCUACAGAAAGGCUUUGACCUCAACAUGCUCUAUUUAAUGUAUCAUGUUUAAAAUGACAUGCUUCCAUCUGCAUACCAUCACUGUUUGUUGCUAAAAACAUAAUGUUCCAUGAACUUGAUGUUACUACAGAAAGUUUAUUGAUGAAAUAAUUGUUUGAAAUAACUUUCGAAUAUACCUUAUGUGAGACUUAUGUUCUAUGCUGGCAAUGUGUACUCAGAUGUCUCUAAGCCUGAUAUUCUACAACCUGAGAUGUAUCUAGUGGAUAGUAACCAUUAACAGAUGACUAAUUUGUUUGUUUCACUGUUUCAAAUUUCAGAUGUUUAGUUCAAUGGUAAUGUUGACUACACAUUCACUGCAUUAAAUACAAAAGAAAAUAAUCUUUCCCAUGUAUAAUCAAUACUCUUUUUUUGGUGGUUCAGAGAUUAAUGGGGGAUUGUGUGUAUAUUCUUAUAAAUUAUAUUUCACUUGGAGAAACACAGAUUUGGUUUAAACAAACAGGGCUUUUCCUGAAACUCUGACUCUUGUAUAACAAUACCUUUGGAGGGAUGCGAUGCAAUGAAAUUCACAGAGGAAUAAGAACUAGUUUGAGGCACAAAAGAGAUAUUCACGGAAAUCUUCAUCACUUCUAGAAACUACUACAUUCACAGGCUGAAAACAGACUAUGUAUAGUAAAAUUUUAACUAUUUCUUUGUCCUUCUCACAUAGGUUCAAUUCUGUCUUGAGAGCUGCCCGACUUGUCUUGAUUUUGAGAGAUUUGUGAUGUAAAUAUUUUAAGAUAUCUUGAGAUUGAA